AUGACAAGGAACAGAUUCUUUUUUAUCAGACGACGGCUGAAGUGUGUUUAUGAUGCUGAAGUGACAGCAGAACAGAAGAUACAAAAAAAUUGGAAAAUACAGCCGCUGUUUAAUCGAAUCUUGGAGAUGUGUCACGAACAAAACCGGCCCAAGAAUAUUGACGAAAUGAUUAAUCCGUUUACUGGAAAAUGUCCGAUGCACCAAUACUGUCCUAACAAACCGAACCCUGUUGGGCUGAAGGUUCUUGCUACGCCGCAAGGCGCAGUUUGUGACGUGGUGAUUUAUCAGGAUGGACGGGGAAUUGCUGCGGUUUCGUCGGAAGUUGGUGCUAUUGGCAAGGCGCUCAAGACAUAUGAAGGCAAACUAUUUCCUAUCGGACCUGUGACU